CGUUCUCCGUGGAAUCAACUGAAGAUCUUUUCUUUAUUUCAAAAUCCCUCGUAAGUUUGACGCGUUUUUUUCUCAGUCGUUUGCGGAUUAUUUAGUUGAGGUGUGGUGAAAAUCAUUUCGAUUUUUGGAACAGACAAGCUGGCACCCGUGUCGGGGAAUUGCGAAACUGGAGAUCGUUGAAAUGGACAGUGGCAUGGAAGAUUGAACUAUAUUGUUACAUCAAAAUUUUCCCGUUGUUAAAUUAAAAAAUGAGCCAUACACCGUUGUGCUCGAAAGAUUGUAAUUUCAAACACCACGAUGUUGUUACUUCGCUUCAAGCUGUCGCCCCCAGAUUUAACUCGUCUGGCUGGAAUGACUCUUUUCCCGGCCCUGUUCGGGCCACGCGUGGAAACAACAAGGAGGACUUCAAAAAACAUGUCCAAAAGCUUGUUUCUGAAGGAUGGUCCAAAGAUAAGGAAGUUCCUGAACCAUUUCAACUUUUAAAGCUUCCUCUUCUGCACUUAGCGAGUAUGUUUGGAAAGCACGAGGUUGUGGAAUGGCUAUUGAAUGAAGAAGGUUACGAUGCAAAACUUCAAACGUCUAUUUCAGGCGAAACGGCUUUGCAUCUUGUUGCUCGCCACCUUUACACGGCAUUGUCUCCAUCUGGAUCUCGCCUUGAAAACAUGAGCAUCACUGCCAAAGUGGCUAAUUUUGAGAGAGUUGUUUCCCUCUUGAUCGAGAAAGAAGUAAGCCUUUUCUGGGCCAAGGAUGAAGUGAACCGUGAAACCCCUUUUCACAUUUUAGCCAAGCAACUACUGCAAGCUUCCUCAGGCUUUGUCGACGGGGAACUGGAAAAGGAGGAUGUAUGUUUGUCAUUUUUUUCAAACAGUCUUGAUGUGACCCUGAAACUUAUGCUGGCCGAGGAGAAAACAAGGCUAAACAGAAGAGAUGUAAAACACGCUCUAAGCAUAAAAAACUCUGAGGGUAAUACUGCUUUGCAUUACCUGGCUCAGGCAUUUAGGCAUGGGUUUCUGGUGCUUAGAUUCUUGGUCAAGUCCUUAGGUAACAAUGACCUGCUGAAAAUCAAAAAUUCAAGUGGGCUUUCAGCGAUUGAUAUUGUUAAUCAAGUUUACCCUGGCCAUGAAAAAGACUUGCUCAUUGAUGAGGAAGGUAGGUGUACUGCUCCUAAUUCCUAGAUUUACAGUAUUAACAUUUCUAUUUCGAAUGGAUCAUGAAACUAUGCUGAAGUUGCUGAAAGCUUGUUGAAGGCAAACAAGUUGAGUGGGGUGUGAAAGAAAACGCCCCAUCUCAUAGCAAUCGUAGGCAAAACAUGCAGCAUGGUACAGUGAAUUUUGGCUGUAAGCAUCAUGUAGUUUCCUGGUGGUAAAGGACAUUUCUCCCUUGUACUAUGACACAUACAUGUAAGUCUAGAGGCCAGUAUUCAAGGGCAGAUUUAGGGGUGGGCCCUGCCCCCCCUCCCCCUUUUUUGUGGUUUAUUAAAUAUUUCAGCAUUACAUGUUCAAUAUGGAAUCCAGGCAUUUGCUAAAUUUAAACAUCCAGAAAGCACUAGAUUGCACCUCAGAAAACUUCAAUCACAAACAUUUUCCCAGAGGAGCAUGCGCCCGAAACUCCCUAGAAAAGGGCGCUGGUUGCAGUCCUGAUGGGCGCUAUCAUGCCCAUAUUGCCACUGUAUCUCUAGGCCCCCAUCUAUCGCAAAAUCCUCUGUCUGCCCCUGGUACUGAACUUACAUCCACAACAGGAACAAACAUGACUGACCUACAUGUACACGCAAUAUUAUAGGCAAUUGCUGACCAAAGUAUCUACCAGCAGUUGUAUCGAGUGAAUUAUUGAUUUAAAGGAUUGAUAGAUUAAUGGUGCUUCUGUAAAUGUGGGUCUCAGAGAACCGAACAGCUACAACAUUGCUAAGAGUUUACAAAUUAAAACAAUAACCACAGAUUAAAAUUUAAUAAAUAAAAGUGAUAAGAUAGAACUAGAUCGAUAAGAGCAAUGUUGAUUGCAUAACUAAAAAGGAGUAGAAAUUGUUGUUGUGUGUUGGGGUUGUGGUUGGUGAUAGAGCGGGUUCCUAAUAGGCUCUUUCAGAAUCUGGCAUUUACUUGGCUAGGGUUCUGGAUUUCAGAUUAAAGGAAAGCAAGAUUCAGGAUUGCAAUAUGAAUAAUUAUGAGCAGGACUUUGUGAUUUUAUGGUUUAACGUUAGUUUGGUCCAGACUAUGAGAUUAAAGAACACUGUUAGUCAAGCUAUUGAAGCACCCUUUUCUGGACUCUCUUGAAGCUGAAUGGAUUCUGGAGUUUGUUUACUUGUCAAAGUCUGUUUACACUGGAGGUCAAGCUCAGUCUGUACAAGACUGUUUUCUCCCCAUAAAAAGAGGUUGUUAUGAUGGUAUCAUGGCCAGUCUGCUAUGUUUUCAUCUUGUUUAUGUUUCUCUCUCUGUUUUAGUGAAGAAAAGAGCUUAUAAAGUUGUCAGCAAAAGUUAUCAGAACACGGCAGGCAAGCAAUUGAAUCUUUUAGAGGUUCUUCAUACCAGUGGCCCAAAUGUUACAUCAAGUAAUUCAGCGGGAAAGAGUGUAGUUGGUGUUGAAACAGCCAUUGCUAAUAGCUCUGUCAACAGAUGCGCAAUACACACAGAGUUGUUCCCAGGUUUGUGCUCUGCUGAUUGCUGUGAAACCAUGGAUGCCGUUGGCACCCUUGUAAAUACCCAUACACCUCUUUGUCCAACUGGCUGUGAUCUGCGCCAUCAUUUGUUAACAAGUGCUGUCUUCAGUUCCUCAGUCAUGUUCCGUGCAUACAGUGACCACUGUGUGCCAGUGACCUUUAAGCUGUGCAUUCAAGCUUGUUUAAAUGCAGGGUGGGAACGUGACAUGAUUGUUCCAGAUCCACUGAGUUGCUUGCAGUACCCAUUGUUGCACUUAAUCUGCCUGAGUGGAAACUGCAUUGCUGCUGCCAAAGUCAUUGAGGAAAUGAAGUUCAGUUAUUCUGUGUCUCAUCAAAGUAAAGAGACACCUCUCCAUGUUGCUGCUCGGUAUUUUCCGGUUGCCUACUCAGAUGGCAAAUUCACAAGUUCCCACAAGAUAAUUGCCAAGUUUCAGGGCAUCCUUGACUUAUUUACUGAUAACAACAAUGACAUGUUAUUCAUGGCUGAUGCUAAUGGAGAUACAGUGCUGCACGUAUUGGCUGAUUGCUUCUGUACAACAUCAGCUCUUGUCAGCGGAAGCCGUGGCUUAAAUGGAAGCCAUCGGAAGACUUUGGUCACACAGAAACGCUGCUAUUUCGAAGCCAUUAAGCUUUUCUUAGAGACAAUUGCUGAUCUCAUAGUGAGAGAAAAAGUUUCCAAGGAGGUGAUUGGAAAAUUUGUCUAUGACAAAAAUAACAACUCUAGAACAUUCUUGGAUCUUCUAGAUGCAUGUCCUGACAAAGUGAUGCUUCAGGUUUUCAGUCUCCAAGCCAGGGAGCUGCUGCCAUUUUGUUUUGAACAAUCUAAAUCACAAAGCCGCAGCUGUCAAAUACAGUCUUUUGAGACAGAAGGUUUGUUGCUUUCGCAAGUGUUGACUUCAAUGUGAAGUGUGCAAAUGAUCACAGCCAGUUAAUUAAGCUUUUUUUUUAAGUGUACAGUACAUGUACACCCACCACUUCCCCUGACAGGUGUGGGAACUUCCAUAACCUCUGGCCAGAAUAGUUUUUACAUCCCAAAACUCAGCAAGGACAAACUGUAAAAUAAGAGCUUACUCAACAAUGAGAUGAGGUUGUACUUGCAUCUGGUUAGUGGGAGAGCUCAUAUUUCAACCAUGGUUUGAGUAAAGUGUAUUGCACCUAUCCUUAGAAGAAUGUUAUUCUUUGUAUUGAGCAGUAAGGUUAUAUUGUUCUAAAACAAGAUCUGGCACUUUAUUUUCCUCCUUUUACUAAUACAUGUAGUUUUGUAGAACAAAAGGAAGCUCUCUGUUGAGUUGUUAUGAGUAAAUGUGGGAAAAAUAUUAUUUAUUCUUCUUGACAUGUAAUGAGAGUUAUGGCUUUCAAGCCAGCAAUUCAAGAUUUAGUAUCCUUCCUGUUCAGAGCAUCUUCUUUACUGGUCUUUUACAUUACAGCACUUUGUAAAUCUGAUUGUCCGUGAGAAGUUGCCCAAUGGGCAGGGCUCUAGGCAAGAUAUCUUGAAAUUAAAUUGUUACCAAAGUCUAGCAAGCAAUAGCCCUGGGCAAGCAAAAUAUGAGAGCUGCUUACCCAAAGGUAAGCUGGAAUAGCCCAGCCAUGUUUGAUAUAUUAAAAUUCUAACAUGACUCCGAGGCUUUCAGGGCAAAAUUGCAAAUUUUUCAUGGCUUUAUUGUCUUGCAAUUCCCAGAAAAGACUUGAACACAAAGAAAACCAAACCAAGUAAAGAAAAAUGACCAGAAAGCCUCAGAGUCAUGUUAGAAUUUAAUAUAUCGCACAUGGACUAUUAAAGUUUUUUUUUGCUCAUUACGUUUCUCUUUUAACAACAAAAAUAACAAUAAAAUACAUGAACUUUUAUUGCACAUCAUUUGCCUUUCAUUGUACUGAUAAUUAGUCAUUCAGUCCACUGUUUGAGACACUUUCCCAAUUGUUUAAAUGAGGGGAAUGUGUUGCUUUUGUUCUUACAAAUUUAUCAAACAAUGUAUAAAUCUCCCUACUGUCUCGUGUCUGAGUGAAGAACCUGGCAGGAAAAGAAGUGUGCAAUGUAUCCAUCGAUUAAUAUUAUUAUGUUGUCACCUUUCAGAAGGUGGUUGUCCUGUGCAAGAUCUUGUCUCAUCACCAUCAAGUCUGCCUUCAACUAUGGAGGUCAGGAACACCAAUAUACUGCAAUAUCAGCCUGUUCCACCUCAAGUGAUUCCAGUUGAGUCUCCUUCCGUUACUGGUGUGGUACACAACCCUAUGUCACCUACACGACCACAAGCUCAGGUCCAAAGCAUUCAGUUUUCAGGACAACCUGCAUUGACAGGUAUGUUGUAGACAGAUACAUACACAGAAUAUAUCUAUCACAUGUGUUGUUUGAGUGUGAGGGAGGGGCUAGUGCAGAUUGAAAGUGUAUAUGACAUUUUAAAACUGAUCUUCAGUCCGGAAUAUCCCUAAAUUUAGGGACGGGGCAAACUGGUCAUGCGACACUGUUCAACCAAUGAGAAGGCGCAAUUUUGUUUACCAAAACAUCAACCAGGUGCUCAAAAAUUUUUCACAAUGGCGGAGGGAGGCAGAAAGAGCAUUGUUAUUUCAUCUUCCUUUUAAGAGAUGCUGACAGUAGUCGUCUAGGUUUCACAUUAUUUCAAAGGAACCAUUUGAUCUAAGAGAAUAAGAGUAUUAUUCAUUGCUAGGAAUCAUUGGGGUGUUUGAAUGUUCCAGACUGAUCGCAGAGGUCGUGGCUUCAGUGGCAUGGCUUGCAAGAUUUUUGAUAGAAUAAAACCGAUCCCGACUAAAAAUAGCUGUAGAGAAUGCAUGAAAAUUUCUUGAAAUCAUACAAAACAGGAAUGGUACCACCUAUUAACUUCUACAGGAUGAGAAUCAAAGACCAAGUCAUUAUAACAAGAGUUAAAAAGUAGUUCAAAUUUAAUAAUUUUUCUUGUUUCGUGUUGCCAGCACACAUGGACUUCAUGCAUCUGGUGCUUUCUUUGCUUGCUGUGGUACCUGCAAGGUUAAAAUCCAACCCAGAUUAUCAGUGUUCAAUGAGUAGCGAAAUACAUCUUUGACAGUUGAAAUUUGCCUUCUUUCUUUGAUUUUUUUUAAACUGUGGAUGAACGUUUGGAGAAUCCAACAGUAAAUAAAUCUUUUCAGAUUUGGUGAAUUUCAGAAACAAGGCAGUUAGUAUCUACCUUGGAGUUGCGCUUAUGAUCUUUAAUUUUAUCCCCACAAAUUCGGCAAAGUGAGGCGAGAUGUGAGACGAGAUGUUGAACUGCUGACCAGCAUUGCUUCGAGGUUAACUUCGCCUAAAUUACAUUUAGUCACAUAAUAUUAUUUUAACUAGUACCUUUAGCACAAGUUUUAUUUCUUUUUUAAAAAAAAAAAAGAUUAUUAUUUUUUGUUAUCUAUUUAUUAAUUUUGUUAUCGCUGUUUAGGUUUUUUUUUUCAAGAGUUUUUAAAGGUCUCAAUUCCAAUCACUUGGAAUCCACAGUGUUCCCCACCCAACCCUCACCUUCCUUUCCCUGGGGAUUUGUUGAACUUUAAGUCAUAUUUUGAGCUACAAAGCUAUGAAUAUUAUGUCAUAGUUAAACCUUAUUCUCAUCACAAACUAUCUCCAAUUGAUCACUCCUAGAGAACAUUUUGCAAAAUGAAGUUUGGAAUUAAUUUUUUUUUUCUGGAAUUUUGUUAUUUGAUAUUCUUGGCUUCAAAGGGUUAAGCUCAAUGCAAACUCAUGGACUCCUCCAUCUUGACAGGUAACCCUUCCCAGCAAAUCUCCGCUGUUGCACCUCCUGCACAGCACAUACCAGUGAUCUUCAUCAAGGACGAGCCCCUUGAUUUGCAGCCUGAUGCCCAAUGCUUUUAUUCUGUCAACAACCAGGUUGUUGGCUUCCCACAGGGACAGAAGAGGUCCAUCUUUCAUCCUGCCUCUACUGUUACAACCAUAGGUCCCAACCGUUUAUCAGUGCAAGCAACUGGAAGAGGUGUUGGUCAGCAAAUGCUCCCAUUGGUUCCCCAGUCUUUUAGAGUAACUCCCGUGGAAAUAGUCAAUGCACACCAGACUCCUGUCCCCACCCACUCUACAGGAUCAGGAUCAUUGCAAAAUACACAGUCUGUAGACAGUACUUCACAGAAUUUAAGAGGGAGUAUUGAUGAUACCUCCAGAGAUCACUUUCUGCUACAAUCAAUGGAUAGGAAUAGGAUAGAAAGCUCAACCAUUGAAGAAUCACUUCAACUAAAUGCAGACACAAGCACAUCUUAUACCAUAGGUUAGUUUCUCUGUCCUGGGUUCUAGCCAAACUGAUUCCUCCCUAUAUUUAAAUUGUGUGGUUCCAGAAAAUAUCCAUACCCCCUGCCCCACGGAAAUUCAUUAGAAAUUCCGAGGGGGGGGGGGGUCCAUGGGGAAACUACUUUUCCAAAGGGUAAUGAACCAAUUACAAAACAUUCGAUGAAAGCAAUGUAUGAUCGAUCUGAAGCACAAAAACAUACUUAUGUACGUUGUUUUGAAACAAAAGUCAGUAUUCCGGGCCAUUGAGAUGAGGUUAACAUCAUUAGCUCUAAUGUUUAUGGUUUUCUUAUAGUUAGCUAGCUCUACAAUCUUUGGAACAAAGUCGAAACGAUUUAAAAUGGCAGAGUUAACUGGAGUCUUGUCCCCAGACAUUCAGCUUCGCCUCGUUUUCGUCUGACCUACCCUUCUGUUCACUGAGUAUCACUUUUCGCUACCUUCACAUGCAGGAAACAUAUUUUUUAAAGGUUUCGUGUUUUAUCAGUGUUUUUAGGGGGUAGUAACUCAUAAAAAAUGUGAUGAGACGAGAGUACUUUCGUUCCAGUUUCUUACUCAACCUUCAGAAGGCCCGGCUACUUGGCUAGUAUAAAAUUACUUCUGCAAUCGUGACAGUGUUCAUGUAACCUAGCACGUUGCGGCAUGUGUUAGUUAAGUUUAAAUUGGAUCCUUAAGUAAGAAUCAGCCUGAAGAAACGGACAAAAUGUAUUAACAAAUAAACAGCCAAAAAAGGAACCUUGUAAGUUUCUGGGGUUUUUUGCCAUUGUUUGCAAAGUUGUUUAAUUAAGUGAGUAAACCUUAAGUUUUCUUCAUAACAUUCGCUUCAGAGUAAGCAAAAAAAGGUAGAACAAUUAACAUUUCAAGCUUUGCAACUCAAAUGUUUAAGCUUAUAAGCUUACAUAAAAACAACACAGACAUAAUUUGCAAACUUGAUGGUAAAGAAGCGUAACAUUUAGCUGAAUAAUGAGCUUAACAAAAGUUUACACUAUUGUAAUAAAAUUCUACCAUAUUUUUGUAACUGAGUUAGUAUUCACAAAAACCACUUUGAAUUUUCGAGGGUGGUAAGGAGUCCCCAUUUAAGAAUUCUAGAAAUUCUUGGGGAGAGGCUGUUGGGGGGGGUGCAAAUCAAAGAGUCUUCUGUGGGGGUGGGGGGGGUAUGGAUAUUUUCUGGAACCACGUGGUGAAUCAUUUUAUGGUAAGGAAGAAUAAAAAUCUACCUUGAGUAAAUGUUACUCUGUCUUUGGAUGAUCUCAAUGUCCCAAAACAACAUUGACUUGGGUAAUAAAGUUUUGUUGUACAUUAGCAUAGUACAGUAGAGCCCAGUAACUCAAACUCUGAAGGGAAACAAAAAACAGUUCGAGUUAGCAGGGAAUUCGAGUCCUCGAGGCAAAUUUCAGUCAAAUUUUGAUCAAGGGAAAGGACAUUUAUUUUGAGUUAGGGGGAAGUUCGAGUUAUCUGAGUUUAAGGUAUCGAGGUUCUACUAUAUGUCUUUUGUGUUAUGUGAUAUAAAGUUCAGCCUUUUUUUUUUAAUGUCUGACCAAAAUUUUGUUUUGUCCCCAACAUUGUGUCUUAAUAGGACAUAUGUCCUUUCAAGAGAAAAAUAUUAUUUUUGCAGCCCUGGAUAGUCAAAGGUGCUUGAAAUGCAACAUCCGACAGAAUCAAAUCUAAAACUUAAUUUGCUUUGCAAGUUUUGAGAAACAGUAUACUACUGACAGUAUGUUACCAAAAUCUGACCCUGUCAUGUUUUAUAAGUGUAGAACCACAGGCAUGUUAAAAAUUAAUACAUCUGUAAGGCGGUGCUCUAAGGAAAAUUUCAGGGAGCCCUUCGGGCUCCAAAGCAUUUUAGUUAAGGCGCCCAGACCCCAAAGUUGGUUGCCCGAAUAAAAAUUUUGGGGAGCCCUUCGGGCUCCCAAGCAUUCCAGCUGGGGUGCCCAGGCCUCUCAAGUUGGUCGCCCAAGUACAUCUGAUGAGGAAGUAUCUUGUACGCACAUGAAUCUUACUGGCCUGGUGAUCACCAAACUCGGUAAUUUUAGCUUUUCGGUUCGACAAAAACCCGCAUGUUGUCUUAUGACACCCAUCAAAGUUUUUGUGCCAUUCAGAUUUAAAACCAGAGACGUGAGCAAUGUCGCUGAUUUGUUUAGGUUUUAAAGACGGAAAAGUAAAAAAUUUCAGCAGGUUUACGUAAACUUCAUUAAGAUCUUUGGGUCAAACAUAGGAAAACUGUGCUUUUUAUCAGUAAUACUAUACUUGAAAAUAAAUUUUCAAAAGGUGAAUCAAUGCGGCAUGAAAUAUAAUGUAAUGGAGUUUUAUACUUGGCAGAUCAAACUCAAGUUCCCUUGAAAAAUUCCGUGAAACAGGGAAACCGCCGCAGCCCCAAACCUAUUGUUUUAAUAAAAAAUGAGUCCUCUUUAAUUUUCUUUUCUAUAUUAUCAGUGAAUCUUUUAGGAUAAUUGAGCUUUUCGUGGGUACGGUGGAAGCGUAAACCAGCUCUUCUUUCCAUGUUUUUAUUUUUUAUUUUUUAGCUGCUAAAUUCAGCCUAUAUAUGCAUGUAUGCGAAUUUAGUUUUCGAUACAUAAAAUGCCAAGACAACGUGGAACUGCCCUGUUUCUAAAAAACAAUAAAAACGAUCAGAACGAUCAUAUCUUUUCUUUUUAUAUUUCAUUAUUUUAUGUAAAGGGAAGAAAACAAUCAUAAGUUAUGUUUAGCCAAGCAGACACAGCAGCCAAAAACCGUAAAAACAUUACAUUUGCAUACUGGUCAAUACAGCAACUUUUAUUGUCGUUUUAUACAAAAAUAAAUUGCUCUGCGUUGCAAGCCGCGCUCUACGUCUGUCAGAAAAGUAUUGACAGUUUCUCCUAAAAACUGUACUUAAUGAACCAUUCCAUCUGAAACAAAAAAUUUUAAAACUACUUUAGAGAUGGUACAAAUCGAAAUCCGUGCCGCUUGUCACGUUCAAAGUGAUGGAUUAUGUUACUUGUGAAAUCAUGCAAAACGACCUUUGAACAUCGAUGCGCGCCCGUUUCUUUCAUACAACAUUCGUAAAGACAUUUUCUGUAGGGUUUAGUAAACUCUGACUCAACAAGCCAACACUAGUAUGUUAAAUUUUUCUGCCCGAUUAACUGAACACUGCAUCAGAAGCAAGAGUGCCCGGCCGGGCGACUGGGAACUUUUUUUCAGUUGCCCAAAGCUAAAUGUUAGUCUCCUCAGGCAACCGGGCGCCGUUAGAGCACAGCCUUGCAUGUGGCAAUUUUGUGUAAUGAGGUGAUUUAUAGGGCUCGUAUGGGAACGGAAACAAUUCGAAAAAACUUGCCUCAUCUUAGUCCAUCUUGGGGCGGGGGGUGGGUGUAAAAUGAGCGCCCUGUCGACCUCAAGUGUAUCAGUUAUUAUUUCUGUCAUGAGUUAUUGAUGUAAAAUAUGGUUGCUUUACCUUUACCUGUUUACCUCUACUGAAGUGGAUGUAAAUAAUUUAAUAUGCACUAAGUCACCAACACUGGGGUAGUGUGUACCACUCAAGUUGAACAAAAAUUAAUUAGUUUUCCCAAAAUCUUGUGGGCCAUGCAAUGCAAAUUAAUGUCGCAAAGUAACAUGAUACAGACUGUAACUCAGGUGAUCAAAAUUGGUAACUUCAAAACGUUCACAGAUCUUCAGAAGUAAAACUCCAGUGUUGUUGGAUUCAAGACUCUCUGAUCAACAAGAAAGUGCAAUUCAAAUCUUAAAUGUAUGAAAAUGUUCUCUUCACUCUUCAGCAACCAACAUAAAUUCUAGUAAUCGGGGCCUUCUUGACCCCAUUAUCUUAACCAUUUUAUAUAAUGGUGUUUAACAGGGUUUUUUUAUGUCAAAAAAAUGCAAUGCAAAUUCACACUUAAUGGCAGAUGAUCUCUUUCCUUUCAGAUAAAUGGCACACUCCCAUGUGCAGUUCAAAGUGCAUCAUUGAACACCAUCAUCUUGUCCUAACACUGUGCGGUCACUCAAACAGAACCAACUACAGAAAAAAUAGAUUUCAUCAAUCCCAGUACACCAGAUCCAAUUUUGCCCACUGCAUAAGGAAGAACCUUAUUGAGGGUUUCAACAAGAAUGCUGAUGUUUUAGAUGGAUUAGAGAAAUUGCAAUUACCCCUUGUUCACCUUGCUGGCAUUUUUUUCAAGUAUUGUGCCAUAGAAACCUUGUCAUAUUUUGGUUUUGAUUUGAAUGUGCUUUCACAAAAAACUGGUGAUUUUCCCUUGCAUUCAGUUUUGAGACAUAACUAUGAAGGUAUGAAGGUCUACAAGGGUACAACCUUCAUGAACACUACCUAUGGAGAGAAGGUAUUUUCGAAGGUGUUGAAUUCUCUCACAAAUGGGCUUAAUGCUGUCGAGGUCCUGUCACAACAAGACCGAAAUGGUGACACACCCUUCCUAGUGGCAGCCAAGUUUGUGAUUGACACAUCUGUUCAUGACACUAUGCAACAGGUCAUUACAGCAUCAGAAAUUCCUGAUUCUACUCAGGAAUGUGGUGGGAGCAAUUCUCAGAUGGGCAAAUCAUUGAACAACUCUUCAGGAGUCUGCAAUGCUAUGAAAGCGAACAAACAACAACACCGAGCUGAUUUUCACAUGGGUUGUAUUGGAGUCAUGAUUCAAAAACUUCACGAGUCCAGUAUAGUAAAUCACAAAGUAGACCUAACUAUUGCAAAGAAAGUUCUGAUGGUAAAGAACAACUGUGGAGAAACAUUUCUACAAGUUUUGUGCAAAGAGCAUCACAUUGCAGCAGCUUGUAUCUCCAAGGUACUGUCCAAAUUUCCACUGGGCAUUUUAAUUGACUGUGCAAAGGAAUGUAUUCCUGAGUCCUGUUGGCCAGAUUGCGUUCGUUCUCAACGACGUUCAGUCAAGCAAAGGGAAAUUGCAAAUGUUGCUUACACAAGUGAAACUGUCCACUCUGCUCUGGAAACCACUCCAACUUCAAAGAGAAAAGAAGGUACAGUGCUUCUCAGUUGCUUUUGCAUUUUAGCCAGAGAAAACAGCUGACAUGUUGUGACGCCACUACUGGUUUUCCAACGAAAUGAUGUCUGGGAAACAAGUGCAGAUAUUUCAUACUGAUAACGCAUGUACGCAGAUCUGGGUAUUGCUUCUGAUUGGCUGAAAAUUUGCUUCAACGAAUAAGAAACACUAACCAUCUGGGUAAUGAUGUGUUAUUAGUACAGAAUUUCUACAGUUGUUUCUCAAAUGUCAUUUUGUGGGGAAACCAGUGAUGGCGUCGCAACAUGUCAGCUGUUUUCUCAAGCUAAAUUGUAUUCCUGUUUCCUGGAUUUUAACUCAAAUUUUGUAAUUGACCACCAAAAUAAUAAAUUGGAUUAACCCAAGCAAUCAAUAACUGAUUACCCAAAAAACUUGUCAUAGAUUUAUUCUACAGUGCUAUACCUUGUCACAUAUUUUGACUGAGGAUUUUGUUAUAGAUGCCCAGCCUUCAAAGCCAGAGUCACCGAGGCGGUCUUCAGAUGCAAGAAUAAUACAGCCUUCACCAACUACAUCCACAAUAGAUUCUGCGAUGGAUAGUGCUCCAUGGUCCUAUUCUACACCCCUUUCAGCCACACCUUUACAAAAGGAGGAACUUGGAUCUGUUAGCCCUCUUGAUGCCAUGCUUUCUCCAGUGUUAGCAAAUCCAUCACAGGCAACACUGCGACCAAACACUAAACGCAAGAUCAUUGACGCGUUAAAAGAGGAUUACUCUGAGAGGUUAGAAUUGGCCGUAAAAGGAAGGAAUGAGGUUGAAGAAGACAUCCUCAAACACAAAAAGAAGACCAGGGAGUUAACAGAAAUAAUGUCAAAGAAGAGGGAGGUCAUGCGAAAGAUGGAGAGAGAGCUCCAAGAAUUGCAGAAAGAAAUAUGGCAUGAGAACCAGGCUGUUCAAGCUUUGGAAAAUAGUUUGGAGCAGUUCACAAAAGAAGAGGAUGAAAUGCAGAAAAACCUGGCUGUUCUACAAGGUGUUGAUCCCGAACCAGCAGCCAAACAAAGCAAAAGCUCUGAUCAAGAAAGUACCCUCUGAAAAAGGUGCAUUUUUAUACAGAUGUUAGAAACUGGGUUGUUUUAUCAUAUUUUUAAGGACUGUUUGUAUGGAGAUUCCUUGUGCCAAAACCAAUGAAGCUGAAACAAGUUGUUUGGUGUCCCACUGAUGAACAGUCAGUUAUGACAGCUAGAUACUUGGAGGAGCAUUGUAUCCCCAUCUUUGAUAAAAAUAUCAAAGCUUAUGCUUAAGGAAUAGAACUUAAAGAUGGCUUAUGCAUUAUGAGUUAGUUCCCUGAUCUGGGGUUCAUAACGGCCAGGGUAUAACUUAAAGGUCGGAACACACUAGGUGACAUGUCACUGUAGCACAUGGCAGCGACAAAUCACUCUGUGUGUACAGGCUGGGCGAUAAGUCGCAGCAACAAAUUGCUCAGUGUGUGCUGGAGAAUUUUUUUCACCACAACAAGUCGCACAAAUUCAGUCUGAUUUAAUUUUGUGCUACUUGAUGAGAAGAAAAAAUUCUGUUGCCAAGACAGAUUUUCACAAAAGUUCUCCGGUACCCCAAAGCAAUUUGUUGCUGCAACUUGUCACUUUGUUUGUUCUGCCCUUAAGUCAGUACUGCCCACUUUCCAAACCCCCAAAAGCUUUAAACACAUAGUAAUGUGCAUCCCAACCCACCAAUCAUGGAGCACCAUCCCUCAUUCUUAGUAACCUGCUACUUUCCAACUUUCUGAUUGGCUGAUGGUGACUGGAUUUUCUUGGCCAAUCAUAAAGUGCUUUUUAUUACAUUAUUUUGCAUAUGUGUUCUGGGCAGAAUCAUCUUAGUUAUAAGUUAGAUCCAGAUUGAUGCCUCCUCGCAUUCCCUUAAAUAAUACGUUGAGAGAGAAUUUGAUAAAAGAUCAAAGCAAUUUCCUUAGGUGAUCAUUUUGUUGAUUCUGAUAACCUUUUCUCUUUUUCUAUGUAUGAAUAUUCUGAGGACAAAAUUGAUGUUGGCCUCUCUUGCGACGUAUAUGUAAAUAGUUGAUGAAAGAGGGCCCACUUUCAAUUCUUAGUUACAGAAAAUUCACUUUCAACUUGAUGAACAAGAACACAGUCAAAAAUCAGUUUAUUUUUCAAAACACUUAUUCAUGGGCCUGGUAACAUUUUCAACCUCCCUCAAUGCUCAAGUGCACAUCUCUCCAAAGUUUAUGUGAGGCUUUAUGUAACAGGCAUAGUUUACACUUACUUCAAAAUUUGUGACCUGCUCAAAAACUGGAUUCCUUGAAUUUUCAAAAGCUUUCUUAAGUUGUAAAGAGCUUAUAACAAAGGUUUUGAGAAAAUACUGUAAAUUUUUAUGGUUAAUGUAUUAUGAUGUCCAUUUCUCAUUUUAUAUAAUGAAGAGGCUACAUUGUUUUGUUUUUAAACCAAGCAAAACACUUUUAGUUAAAACUAUAUACCAUACUCAAAAUAAUGAUAAUGUAAAGGUAUGUCACAUACCAUUUAUUAGCCACAAGUGAGGUCAUUACAGGGAAAUCUCAGACUGAGGCCUUGUGAGGUCAAUACACCAAGGCCAAGGUCUGAGAUUUUGCUGCAAUGACCAAACAGAUGAGGUUAUCAAGUUAUUUAUUAUAUGGCGGCCUUUUAGGAGCUAUUCUUAAAAAAAUAAUACAGUAGAACCCUGUUAAUACAGUCACCAACAGGCCCAAAAACUUUGACCGUAUUAAGGACGGUUUUUUACAAGAAGAUGUAUAGCUGUUUUGCUAGGCGGCCUAAAAAAGUGGUUGUAAUAAUGAGGUGACUGUAUUACCAAAGUUGCCGUAAGGCAGGGUUUCACUGUACAAUAAAAAAUCUUGCUGUUGCUGUGUCUCUUCAUCGCUUGUGCUAAAGAAGGGUCGGUAUGCCAGUAUUUUUUUUUGUCUCCUCCCUGCGCUCGUAGCUUUUACUCACAACGCAAAAAGCCGAGUCAAGAAAAAUUUUCAUAAUACCCGACCAUUACAAGAAAACCUUGCCUGCUCAGCAGCCAGUCAGAGUGUGCAUACUAUUGUAGCCAUAUAAUAAAUAAAUAAAUUAUUGAUCAAGGUUAAUUAUAGAGUUUAAUGAAAGUAUAUUACAUCUAUUAAUAAUCAUGUCCGUGUUAUUAGAGACCCUCUUUUACAUACUGCUAUGAAUGGGUGUUUGAGACACCUUAACUAUGCUCUUACCUGGAAAUUAGUUCUGAGCAGCAAUUUAUCUUUCCUAACUAUCUAGUUUAUUACAGUGUAGUUUUUUUUUACUGCAGGACCUGCUUUUAUGAAACUGAGAUGGUUGAACCCAGGGUUAAGAUAAAUUUUCACAAAGCUCUCUUGUACAGUAAAAUCUCACUUGACCUUUAUUAAUAGUGUUGAGUCUUGACUCUAAGAUCCAACUAUGAUAACAAAGUGAUUUUUCCAACCAAUCUGCCAGAACAUAAAAUUAUUAAUGUAGUUGUUACUAGAAAUUGACUCUAAUCCUGGGUUAGUGCUAAUUGGCUGUUCUGGAACUGGGUCUCAGUAAUGUUGUUGAUUAGCUUUUAGUGGCAACUCAAUGAUUUUUUUUAACUACUUUACCUUAUAAGUCAGUCUAAUUCAUUUUUUAUUUUUAUGACUGAAGCCCAGUCCUUGAAACAUAAAUGAACUUGUUGGGUAACAAAAGAAAUGUCUGUCUUAAUAUUAAUUUUGUUCAUCAAUAAAUGUGAAGUUUGAAAGACUGAGACAUUUAUAGCAACAAAAAACCUU